GUGUGUUUCACCGUGAGCGGCUUGACGGCAGUGAUUGAGGUGGAGGCAGUCAGCCUGCGACGGAAAACAAGCGAGGCUAGGUCGACCAGAACACGCUCGGUCCAUGUUUUAGGGACAGAAAACAGCGUGGGACCGGAGGAUAUGUGGAUGUAGGCCGUGUUUCGGUCGCUUUCAGCCGGACUCAGUCACUCACAGUUUCGGGUUGUCGUUUGGAGCGUGUCGCUGUUUUGCCCUGAUUCUCGCUGGAGUGAACACUAAGGGGGACUCCAUGAAAGAUGACAGAGGAGGUGAUUGUUGUAGCCAAGUGGGACUACACGGCCCAGCAGGACCAGGAACUUGACAUCCGUAAAAAUGAGCGUCUCUUCCUCCUGGAUGACUCGAAGACCUGGUGGCGAGUCCGCAACACCUCCAACCAGACGGGGUAUGUGCCAUCCAACUACGUGGAGCGCAAGAACAGCCUGAAGAAAGGCUCGCUGGUGAAAAACAUCAAAGACACACUGGGUUUGGGAAAAACUAAGAGGAAGACGAGCGCCCGCGAUGCUUCGCCGACGCCCAGCUCGGACACGGAGUUCCCCUCCAACGGCAGCGGGGGCGGAGGAGGCGGAGGAGCCGCGGAGAGAAUCUACGACCUCAACAUCCCCGCCGUGGUGAAGUUCGCCUACACAGCAGAGAGGGAUGAUGAGCUGACUCUGUUCAAGGGCUCCCGGGUGACCGUGAUGGAGAAGUGCAGCGACGGCUGGUGGCGGGGCAGCCAGGCGGGCCGGGUGGGCUGGUUUCCCUCCAACUACGUCCAGGAGGAGCUCGGUGGGGCCGACGACCGAGGGGAGGGGGAUUCCUCACAGGGCUACCAGGGAGGCUCUCAAGGAACUUUGUUGGCCAACGGGCGUGCAGGCGGCCGAGCCCCGGUCCUUCACCUGGUCCAGACCCUCUACCCCUUCAGCUCCGUGACAGAGGAGGAGCUGAACUUUGAGAAGGGAGAGGUGAUGGAGGUGGUGGAGAAGCCGGAGAACGACCCGGAGUGGUGGAGGUGUAAGAACUCGCGUGGCGUAGUGGGACUGGUACCUAAAAACUAUGUGAUGGUGCUGGACGAGCGGCCCGGCCCGCCCUCCUCCACGUCGAGCUCCCCACAGAACCGCUUCGUGGCUCCGGCUCGCUCAGGGAGGUUCGCCGGGAGGGACUGGUACUACGGCAACAUCACCCGACACCAGGCCGAGUGCAUCCUCAACGAGAGAGGAGAGGAGGGCGACUUCCUCAUACGAGACAGCGAGUCAUCGCCCAGUGAUUUCUCCGUGUCUCUGAAGGCGGUGGGUAAGAAUAAGCACUUUAAGGUGCAGCUGUUGGACGGAGUGUACUGUAUCGGCCAGCGCAGGUUUACCUCAAUGGAUGAACUUGUGGAGCAUUACAAGAAAGCCCCCAUCUUCACCAGCGAACACGGAGAGAAGCUGUACCUGGUCAAAGCGCUGCUGUGAUUCACACGUCCUCACACCUACACUGGAUCUCAUAUGCCAACACACACACACACACACACACACACACACACACACACACACACACACACACACACACACACUGUCAUACACACACACACACACACUGUCAUACACACACACACACACACUGUCAUACACACACACACACACACACACACACACUCACACACACACACACACACACAGCUGAUACUAAUGCCGCUCCCUGACUGUCUUAACUCAAGCCUUAGCUCUGGAGCCUCUCGCUGUGGCGUCUGGAGCACAUCCAGAUCCUCAGUCACACCUCCAACUUUUACUCGUCUCCCUCUGGCAGGUGAAACUUUUUUCUCUUCAGUCGAGCAGCGAAGCACUGCGUCAGGAAAACCCACAAUCCUUCACAUACACUCAUACUCCCUCCCUGUCCUGGAUGUGCUAACGUGCAGUGACCUUAUCUGCUGCUAACAGAACGCCUGAGGCCUUGUUGGAGGUGGAGCUCUUCUUCUGAUGUCAUACAUGAAGUCCAUUUACGAGCACGCACAUUCUAAGUUACACCAUUGCUCUUAAUCCACACAGGAGAACAGACGUUUAACAGUUCGAGGAGGACUAACCUCUGUGGGACCUAACUCAACCUGCUGACCAUCCUUUUAGUUUUUGUUCACUUAUUUCUUGUUAGUGAGUUUUGCUUGUUUGAAAGCUCAUUUAAAUUCCUCUCUGAGGGUUUAAAUCAUUGCUUUUUUUCACAAAGUGACCAGAAUCACUCUCUUGCCUUUUUCUCCUAGUUUUCACCAUUCCUCUACAUGAUUUUACCUCCCCGUGUUUUUUUUCUCCCCUUGUCACUUUUUUCAAACUCCUCUCCACGGAUCCAGUGACAUUACUUCAGAUCUACACACAACACUUCCUGUAAUAUUUCUAACAAGGCAGUGGGGGGAGCAUUAAUGCAAUAGGAGAGAGCUCUAAUGUCCUGUAGAGUUUGAAUGUUUCUCUGUGUAACCAAAUGUGCCACCCUGUACCCAUUUCUACUGGCUCCAGGUCUGCACUGCACUCACUGUACUCGGCAUUGGUUCAUGGCUCUGUGCUCAUGCUUUACAUCAUGUCACGUUGAACAUGUUCUUGUUCUGUUCUCCAGUAUGUGUCUGUAGCUACAUGAGGAUACUGACUGAAGAAUAAUAAAAACCUUUUUUUGGUAA